ACCGGCCGGAUCGAGCCAAACUACCCCAAAGUGUGUGGCCACCAGGGCAACGUGCUGGACAUCAAGUGGAACCCCUUCAUCGAGACUGUCAUCGCCUCCUGCUCCGAGGACACUUCCGUGCGGAUAUGGGAGAUCCCCGAGGGUGGCCUGAAGCGCAACAUGACGGAGGCGGUGCUGGAGCUGUACGGGCACAGCCGGCGCGUGGGCCUCGUCGAGUGGCACCCCACCACCAACAACAUCCUCUUCAGCGCCGGCUAUGACUAUAAG